AGCCUCCAGAGGCCAGGCACCAAGGAGAGUCUAGUAGGCCAGGGGGCUCCUCCUGAGAGGAACUCUUUGGGGCCAUGAAACAGCAACUUGGACUUCCCAGCCAGUGUCACCACCCUUCUCAUCUGAGAAAAGCAGACCAGCUGGGAGCACCACUCCACCCUCCUCCCAGCCCCACCUUCUUCCCAGCCCCACCCUCCUCUGCCUUCCACACAUCAUAUGUCGUCAGGUCCCCCACCAGGAAGGUGUGCUGCCAGAGAUUUUGCCUCCUAAAGGUGAAUGCAGCUUCAAGGGGCCAUCUUUGUGCUCCUGCCCCACCUGGGGCCCAUCCUGGUCUGGCUGUUCACUCGUGAUCACAUGGCUGGUUGGUGUGAGGGCCCGAGGAUGCUGUCCUGGUGCCCACUCCACAAAGUCGUAUUGCUUGUACAGACAGCUAUCUACUCUGUCGUGGGCUAUGCCUCCUACCUGGUGUGGAAGGACCUGGGAGGGGGCUUGGGAUGGCCCCUGGCCCUGCCUCUUGGCCUCUAUGCUGUUCAGCUCACCAUCAGCUGGGCUGUCCUGGUUCUCUUUUUCACAGUCCACAACCCUGGUCUGGCCCUGCUGCACCUGCUGCUGCUGUAUGGGCUGGUGGUGAGCACAGCACUGAUUUGGCAUCCGAUCAACAAACUGGCUGCCCUGCUACUGCUGCCCUACCUAGCCUGGCUCACCGUGACUUCAGCCCUCACCUACCACCUGUGGAGGGACAGCCUUUGUCCAGUGCACCAGCCUCAACCCACGGAGAAGAGCGACUGAGGCCUUAGGGCACGGGAGAGGAGGGACGGCCAGGGUGGGGAGGAAGAGUCUGCAAGCAGGGCUGUGGAGCUAGGGUUCACCCCAAUGGGACCACCCUCCUGGGUUCCCUGGUGCCGUUUUUCCUUAGAAAUCAAAGAAAUGGGAAAGAGGGGGGAAAGCGAUUUCACACUUAAAUAAUAAAAUCCUAUUAGUAACUCUGAA